AUGGCCCGGCGCUCCAGCUAUAUGGCGCUGCUGCUCAGCUUCGGCCUUCUCUGGCGGUGUUCAGAGGUUUUGGCUACUGACACAGAGGAGCGUCUCGUGGAGCACCUCCUGGAUCCCUCCCGCUACAACAAGCUGAUCCGUCCAGCCACGAAUGGCUCGGAGCUGGUCACUGUUCAGCUCAUGGUGUCCCUGGCCCAGCUUAUCAGUGUGCACGAACGGGAGCAGAUCAUGACCACCAUGUCUGGCUAACCCCAGGAGUGGGAAGAUUAUCGCCUCACCUGGAAGCCUGAGGACUUCGACAAUAUGAAGAAAGUCCGGCUCCCUUCCAAACACAUCUGGCUCCCAGAUGUGGUCCUAUACAACAAUGCUGACGGCAUGUACGAGGUGUCCUUCUAUUCCAAUGCGGUGGGCUCCUAUGAUUGCAGCAUCUUUUGGCUACCGCCUGCCAUCUACAAAAGUGCGUGCAAGAUUGAGGUGAAGCACUUCCCGUUUGACCAGCAGAAUUGCACGAUGAAGUUCCGCUCAUGGACCUACGACCGCACGGAGAUCGACCUGGUCCUCAAAAGUGACGUGGCAGCUGAUGACUUCACACCCAGUGGGGAGUGGGACAUCAUUGCGCUGCCAGGACGGCGCAACGAGAACCCAGACGACUCCACCUAUGUGGACAUCACCUAUGACUUCAUCAUCCGUCGCAAGCCGCUCUUCUACACAAUCAACCUCAUUAUCCCCUGCGUGCUCAUCACCUCGCUGGCCAUCCUGGUCUUCUACUUGCCCUCUGACUGUGGUGAGAAGAUGACACUUUGCAUCUCUGUGCUGCUGGCGCUCACGGUAUUCCUGCUGCUAUCUCCAAGAUUUGCCUCCACCUCCCUCGAUGUUCCGCUGGUGGGAAAGUACCUCAUGUUCACCAUGGUGCUUGUCACCUUCUCCAUCGUCACUAGCGUGUGUUGCUCAAUGUGCACCACCGCUCGCGCCACCACGCACACCAUGGCUCCCUGGGUCAAGGUGGUCUUCUGGAGAAGUUGCCCACGCCUGCUCUUCCUGCAGCAGCCACGCCACCGCUGUGCUCGUCAGCGCCUGCGCCUGCGGAGGCGCCAGCGGGAACGCGAAGGCGCAGGCGCGGUCUUCUUCCGCGAGGGCCCUGCUGCUGACCCAUGCACCUGUUUUGUCAACCCGUCAGUGAAGGGCUUGGCUGGGGCUUUUGGGGCUGAGCCCACGCCUGCAGCUGGCCCGGGGCACUCGGUGGGGCCUUGCAGUUGCGGCCUCCGAGAGGCAGUAGACGGCGUACGCUUCAUUGCAGACCACAUGCGAAGUGAGGAUGACGACCAGAGCGUGAGGGAGGACUGGAAUAUGUUGCCAUGGUGAUCGACCGCCUGUUUCCUCUGGAUCUUUGUCUUUGUCUGUGUCUUUGGCACCAUCGGCAUGUUCCUGCAGCCUCUCUUCCAGAACUAUACUGCCACUACCUUCCUCCACCCUGACCACUCAGCUCCCAGCUCCAAGUGA